ACUAAACAAAAAAAAAAAAAAAAAAAAACAGCAACAUUAUUAUCAAUGCAAAUUGGAUGUGGUUAAAGAAUAGGAUACAAUUUUUAAUUCAACUCGACCCUUCAACGAUUUUUGUAACGAUUGAAUUAUCGGAGAUGAAGUAAUGAAGCUAUGAGCAGUGCUUACCCUGGUGAACUUCGCGAUUACUACUCGUACCAGGUGGAAGAAAUAGAUACCGAUCCUCUGUGCUGCUGUGAGUAUUACGACCGAAGUGAGGAACGGAAUCAUAUUUUAGCCUGCUGCUGCAACUGUGCGGACGUUGAUGAAUCUUUUAACAGAUUAAUUUCUGGUCGAUCCAUCCCGGUUGAGAAGCAGCGUGGCAUGCUGCUGACUUUUCAGGACCGCCUUCGCAUUCCGUGGCGAGGCGGUGCUAAGCAGAUCACGGUGGACAAUGUUCUGCCGGUGUUUCUGCUAGUCAGUCUGCAGCUGCUGGCUGCCCUGGAUUUUUACUGCAGUCUGGCCGUCUUUAUAUUCAUACCGCUGUUACUGGCUUAUCUGAGGCGUUUUCUGGGACGUGUACUACCGAAAACAAAAUUUUUCUGUCUGUGGCUUUUCUGGAGUGGUGUUUACUUAGUCGUGCUGUUUGAGUCAACCGUUCCGUUGUCGGAGUUAUUACCCGAAGAAAAUAUUGCUUUUGUAGUGCUGAUGUCCUUAUCGUUUCUUUGCUUCUAUAAGAGCAACCAGCGGGCAGUACUGAAUCACGUAAGUCACGCUCAGUAUGAUUCUUUGGCCAACGGAGAUUCCGCAACGGCUAUUCUUGUUUCGGAUCGGGAAGAUUCUGAUGAAAGCGAUGGUCGGCUAGCUUGUCAAACGUGCCGUAAGUACGUUCCGCCGAGGACCUACCAUUGUAAAAUUUGUGCAACGUGUGUGGUCAAGCAGGAUCAUCACAACGUCUGGUUGAACUGCUGUAUCGGGCGUGCCAACCAUCGGUUGUUUCUCCUUGGCUGUUUCUGCUCGCUGCUUGCGCUAUGGUUAUUUGCCAAUCUUUCACUCACAUCAGUGUGUCAUCCGACACCUAUUUUUACUCUGCUUGGUGUAACUGUAAUGCUACCAGAUGAUUGCUCCGAUAUUUACUUUCAGUACGACAUUGCACUUUGCUUUACUGGUGCUAUCUACGCCCUUCUGAUGUCGUUAAUUAUUUUGAUCUGCCUACUGAAACAGAUUUGCCUGAUCUCUCGUGGCCUGACUGGAAGUGAAUGGCAACGGGGCGAGCAUAUCAACCGACGGAAUUGUCUUGUCAACUGGAAAACGUUCUGUCUGGGACAAUAAGUGUCAGUACACUUACUAGGUAGAGUCAACAUGCACUAACAACAUCCCCUAUUACUCCAACAGUACUAUAGAGGUACGUAUUUAAACCAGUUUUAAACGUAGCAUACACGAAAGCAUAAUGUAUAGAAAUUACACGAGCAAAAGAAUUCUCGCUAUCGAUUGAUGAUCACCUCUGAAGAAUAACCAAUGUGUUUACAGUUUCAUGUUCUCCUGCUCUUCGAUUGACUCUAUUAUUGAGCGAUUUCUUUAAUUAGGCAGCGAAGACAUUUAGGUAUCAUAGAAGAUAAGUAGUAUAUUUUCUUAGCCGCAAACCAAAUAAUGAAACUUAAACAAAAACAGCAAUUCAUUAUUCUAUACAUCGAAUAUCAUUACCUAUACCAAAUAAUCUGAUGAUAGAAUGUUCUCCUGGUUUUAGAAAGGAGUGAACGCUAGGUAGAUGAAAUGAGCUGUCGAUGGAAAGAUAGCAAAACGUAGACUGAUUAAGGUUUUCUCAAAAAAAGUCAUCUGCAUCGUUUUAUUAGUUUAACACUCGUAUCCUAUAAAUAGUUAAAUAACAACUAUUAAAUACUUACCAUAUAUCUAACUCAUCAUUGCUGCAUAUUAUGUACUAACUAUCGGUUAGGUGCUUAUUUCCGUGUAAUUCACUUAUUCUCACCUAGGUUUUUCUUUUAGAAGGCCUUCUACUUACGUCUAUUUGCACGCCACUUUAUUAAAAUCGCAAUAGAUGAAUGAGUACAAAAGGUUUAAACUAAGAUUUUCUCCACUGUCAUUACGGUAAAGCUUGACUUCCAGCAAAGAGCAGCCGAAAAAAGAAUUGACCAUUAAUAAUGGUAAAACCAAAACGUCGGAGCUCGGUAACAUUUACGAAAAUCGAAAUCGCAAAUUCUGGAGCUCUUUUAAAGUAACGAAGGGUUUUCGGUGUUAUACACUUAGGUAAUAGGUUCAAAAUAUCAUUACAAUGAAAUAACGUACAUCAAGUGCUCACUAUCGAAAACCGCGCA